AUGAGUGAAAUAAAAAUUCCUAGGCAUUGUUUAGAAAGCUGUGUUGGUGAGAAGGCUGAAGUACACGUAUUUUGUGAUGCGUCAUUGAGGGCGUAUGGAGCUGUUGUAUAUUUCAGGUUUCAUGAUAAAUAUGGGAACUAUAAGGUGUCUUUUGUGUUGUCAAAGAGUAGAGUAGCACCGCUAAAGAAAUUAACGUUACCUCGCUUAGAGUUGAUGGCUCUUGUGAUAGGUUCUAGACUGGGAAGUUAUCUCAAGACAGUUUUCGGAGACAUGAUUCAAAAUAUUGUGUAUUGGAGUGACUCUUUGAUUGCGUUGUACUGGGUAAAGGGUUGUGCCAAGCGUUGGAAAAUGUUUGUAGCAAAUCGUGUUUUGGAGAUUCAGGAGAAGUCGAAUCCCAGCGACUGGAAAUUUUGCCCCUCGGAAAAAAAUCCAGCAGAUUUACUAACUAGAGGAAUUUCAAUGGAAGAUCUGUUGUUGAAUAAAUUGUGGAGGUUAGGACCAGAUUGGCUUCAGGAGAGUUGUGAAGGAUGGCCGGAGCAGGUGUUCAAAUCUGCAAGUUGUGACAAUGUAGAGGGUUUACGGGAGAAAAGAAGUGAAGUAACUAAUGUUAUGGUUGUUCAGGUGGAACUGGUCGAAAAUUUGUACAAUAGAAUUUCGGUUUGGAGUAAAUUGCAAAGAAUUGUUGCAUGGUGUCUUAGAUUUAUUAGAAAUGCUCGAGGAAUGAAAGUUAAUUCUUCAUUUCUUCAAGUUGAUGAGUUGCGAGAGGCGCAUGACCAAGUAAUUAAAGCAGUACAGAGAACUGUGUUUAGUACUGAAAUUGCAACUUUAGAGAAAGGGAAAGUUUUGAAGUCUGGAAAUUUGUCACAGUUAAAUCCCUUCAUUGACAGUGAAGGCCUACUUAGAGUUGGCGGACGUUUGAAAAAUGCAAAUUUGGCAGAGAGUGUAAAACAUCCUCUUAUAUUGCCAAAGAAACAUCCUGUGACUGAAAUGGUCAUAAGAUACUACCAUAUAAUGUAUUUACAUGCAGGUAUACAAUUACUUAGUGCAUCAAUUCGACAGAAGUAUUGGAUCGUGUGUGCAAGAUCUGCAAUUCGUAAAGUAGUGAGAAACUGUGUAACUUGUUGUAGAUUUCGUUCGGAAUUUUCGCAACAAAUAAUGGCAAAUUUACCGUCAGCUAGAGUGAAUCCUGGAAGAGCCUUUUUGAAAUGUGGUACAGAUUUCGCUGGACCGUUUCUUGUUACCCCUCGUCGUGGAAGAGGAGUUAAAGCGUUAAAAAUGUACGUGUGCAUAUUUGUGUGUUUUAUUGUUAAGGCCGUGCAUCUUGAAAUAGUAAGCGACCUAAGUACUGAAGCGUGCCUUUCAGCUUUGAAGAGAUUCAUCGCUCGCAGAGGAAAACCUCUGGAAAUAUACAGUGACUGUGGAACCAACUACAUCGGUGCGAAAAAUUAUUGGAAAGCGUGUUCAAGAGAUCUUGGUCAAUAUCUAGCCGAUGAAGGUGUGUCGUGGAAGCUGAACAUUCCAUCAGCUCCCCAUUAUGGUGGCCUCUGGGAAGCCGCAGUAAAAGCGAUGAAAUUUCACUUGCGAAGAGUAAUGAAAUCACAGAUAUUAACUGUUGAGGAGUUUUCUACUGUCUUAACUGAAGUAGAAGCAGCGCUGAAUUCCAGACCACUUGUUUCUGCAUCAGAUUGUGCUGAUGACUAUUGUGUUCUAACACCUGGUCAUUUUCUCAUUGGCUCGGAGUUAAGGAGCGUACCUGAGCCUGAUGUUACCAAUGAGAAAAUUAGCAUUGGUGAAAGAUAUAAACUAACAUCACAAAUUUCACAAUCCUUCUGGAAAGCAUGGUCGAAGGACUAUUUAACGCAGUUGCAAGUGCGCAACAAAUGGAAAACCCCAUGCGUGGAUUUGUGCUGCAAUGACAUAGUGUUAAUCAAGGACGAGAAUUUGCCACCCCUCAAAUGGAGGAUGGCAAGAGUAACUGAAACUAUUGACAGCAGUGACAGCAGAGUACGUGCUGUAACUUUAAAAACAUCGACAGGUGAAUUGAGAAGACCAAUUCACAAAUUGGUUAAACUUCCUAUUGAACAUAAAUGA